GUGUGAGCCAUUCUUCUGGAAAACGAACAACUAUAAGGCACACAAUGCAAACUCUUACACGGAAACAUAUGCUACCUGCGAUGCAGGCGCAUCCGAUGCGCCUGCCAAGGGGCGUAGUCGCGCCCUUUUCAGCACCCAAGAUUUUCCUGGCGCGAUCUAGUGUUGUCUCUAAGGCUUCAUUGCGCGACACAAAAGUUGUACCUGUCAUGGAGAAGGGCGAGCUUAACCAGUUUCCCGGUUCUGCGGGAGUCUACGCCAUUUACGACAAGGCUGGUGCGCUGCAAUUCAUUGGCAUUUCCCGGAAAGUGGCCAACAGUGUAGCAGCUCACAUGCAAGAGCUUCCAGACCUAACAGCUGCGGUGAAGUAUUCCAUCGUGGACGAUGCGACGCGUGAAGGGCUGACAUCCGCAUGGAAGGCAUGGGUAGAGGAAGCGGUGGCCGAGACGGGCGACAUCCCGCCGGGCAACGCACCGGGCGAGACCAAAUGGCAGUCUCGCUCAGUUGCGCGUGCCACAAAGCCUGAGAUCCGCCUUACAGCGGGGAAGCCCAUCACGGGGAUCACCAUCGCGGACCUCAUUGACCGCAUUGUGAAGGAAAACCCGGUGGUGGUGUUCGUCAAGGGCACCAGGCAGCAGCCCCAAUGCGGCUUCAGCUUCAAGAUGCUCAACAUGCUUAACACGCUCAAGGUGGACUAUGAGGUUGUCAACGUCCUGGAUGACUUCCACAACCCGGGCCUGCGGGAGGCGAUCAAGACCUACAGCCAGUGGCCCACCAUCCCGCAGCUGUACGUCAAGGGCGAGUUCGUUGGGGGGGCGGACAUCGCAGAACAGAUGCUUGGAACCGGGGAGCUUCAGACGUUGCUACGAGCGGCAAUGCAGAAGUCCUAACGUGUGUACCGGUAUUGCUUCUAGGCGGUAAUAGCUUAGCCCAGUACGGAAGGUACACAACCAGACGUUUCCGGCCCGUUGGGAGGCAAGGUGGGAUCCGAUGGCUCCCUUUUACCGUAUCGUGUGUGUCACAAAGGAGCGAGUGCAGGGAUGUUGCAAGCAUGCCAAUCUUGGCAAGUGCAAGGGCACAGCACACAGUGGCGCCGGUGGGGGCCGGCUACAAGUAAGGCCAAGCAACGGCUUAGGUGUGUGGCUAGCAAGCCAGCAUAUGGCGAACAUGUGGUGAGGUGUUCACGACUAGCCGCGGCCACCUCGCCUGUUGAUGGCCCAGACCAGCAUUGUUUCUUACAAUGUCCUUGGCUCGCCCUGGAUUGUGCGGGCGCACAUACGAACCGUAACUUGAUGAAUGACCGUUACAAUGGUUCCCUAAACAGGCUGUAACUUUGGUUCUCAAACAUCCGA